AACAGCGAAGCUCUCCCAGGGCUGCCAACAGCACUCUAGACCCAACGCUGCAAGGCAAGCGUGAACUACGCCCUCGGUUUCUCACCGUAGAUCUCUCCGCCUUGCCCUCCGCCCCGCCCAUGGACGCGCUCCGCCAAGCCGUGCGCGAUGCGGCGCUCCGGCUGCCCAAGCCCGCGGGCGUGCCGCUGUCGUACGGCACGGCGGGGUUCCGCCUCGAGGCGUCGCUGCUAGACUCCACCGUGCAGCGCUGCGCUCUGCUGGCGGCGCUGCGAUCGCUGCAGCAGGGCGGGCGUGCGACGGGCGUGAUGGUGACGGCGUCGCACAACCCCGCGAAGGACAACGGCGUGAAGAUCGCCGACAGUAACGGCGGCAUGCUGGCCGUCGCGUGGGAGGCACAUGCCACGCGACUCGCGAAUGCGGCUACUGCGGACGACCUGCUGCAGGCAGUGGAAGCAAUAGUGGAGGAGGAGCGGGUGCAGGUGGGGGAGGGCAUGAGUGGCCAGGUGUUACUGGCGAGGGACACCAGAGAGAGCGGGCCCCGGCUGCUGGACGCCGCACUGCAGGGUGUGGCGCUGGUCCCAGGAGUGGCCUCUGUGUCGUGCGCGCUGCUCACCACCCCGCAGCUGCACUGGCUGGUGUGGGCCGCCAACCGACAGCCGCCCACGUCCCCCCUGCCCUGCGAGUCCGACUACUUCACCACCCUCGCCUCCGCCUUCACCGCCCUCCUCUCCUCCUCCCCCUCUUCCUCCGCCCCCGCCCCUGCCCCCGCCCCCUUCCCCUGCCCCCCGCUGCUGGUGGAUGCGGCCAACGGCGUCGGGGCGCCGAAGCUGCAGCGCCUGGUGGACGAGGUGCGGGGGAGGGGGGGCGUGGUGCUGGCAGCGGCGGUGCGCAACGCGGGGCGCGAGGGCGAGGGCGCGCUGAACGAGGGCGUGGGGGCGGACUUUGUGCAGAAGGAGCAGCGCGCGCCCAGGGGGUUUGGGGGAGAGGAGGACAUGACGCACAGGUGUGUGAGCUUGGAUGGUGAUGCCGAUCGCCUCGUCUACUUCUUCCACACACCGCCCUCAACCACUGCCUCAGAACCCGCCUCCUCCUCGCCCUCCGUCCCCCCUGCUGCACCUGUGUUCCACCUGCUGGACGGCGACAAGAUUGCCGCUCUCUUCGUCUCCUUCCUCGUGCACACCCUCCGCACCAUCUCCCCCUCCGCCCCUCCCCCCCCCGCCUCCGCCUCCUCCCUUCCCCCCUGCGCCUGGUUCGCCCUCCCCUCCUUCCGCCCCAUAUCCCUCGGCGUGGUGCAAACAGCGUACGCCAACGGCGCGUCUACUGCCUAUCUGACAGAGCAGCUGGGCGCCCCUCCUGCGGUGGCGCGCACGGGUGUGAAGCACGUGCACGCGGUGGCGGAGCGGUGGGACGUGGGCGUGUACUUUGAGGCGAACGGGCACGGCACCGUGCUGUUUGGGCAGGAGCUGCUGGCGUGGCUGGAGGAGCAGGCGGGGAAAGGGCUGUCCGAGGACUCCGCCCUGCACCGCCUGGCGGCGCUGAGCCGGCUGUGCAACCAGGCAGUGGGCGACGCGCUGGCCAACGUGCUGGCGGUGGAGGCGGUGCUGCGGUGCCGGGGAUGGUCCGAGAGAGAGUGGAGCGCCAUGUACCAAGACCUGCCCUCCAGACAGCUCAAGGUGCGCGUGGCGGAUCGCAGCAUGUUCGUGCCGUGUGAGGACGACACCAGGCUGCUGCAACCCACGGCGCUGCAGACCACCAUUGAUGACGCCGUUGCGGGUGUGCAGGGCGGGCGGGCGUUCGUGCGGCCAUCAGGGACAGAGGAUGUGGUGCGCGUGUACGCAGAGGCUGCCACACAGGUGGCCGCUGAUGCGCUCGCACAUACCAUAGCCGCCGCAGUGGAGAGGGCCUCGCCUGUGGCCUAGGCAUGGAGGGGUGGAUGGGUGGAAGAGGUGUAUGCGGAAGGUGGCUUCAGUGUGCAGCGUGGUUGCAUGGGUAAUUUAGGAUGUGCGUGCUCAAGCAGUGGCAGAGGCAUCUGCUGUAGGGAGACAGCACUCUCAUCGCAUCGCACUGCAUGUGCUUUUCCAUGCUGCCGCAACACUCUUUGGCUUUGCGGCAGUAACUCGAGAUGUCCAGCCCGGCACAUGCUGCAUCUGUUUUUUCUCUUUUAGUGAUGCAGCAGUGACCCAUCUCGAUCUGCAUCACUGUACACCUUCA